AUGAAUCAUUUUGAGGCAUAUAAAACAGCUGACAUGUAUGCGGUGGGGCUGAUCAUAUGGGAGAUUGCAUGGCGAUGCAGUGCCAAUUCCGAGCCAGUGAAUCCGUUUGAAUUGCCGUAUUUCGAUCGUGUAAGCCGAGAUCCAUCAGUGGAAGAGAUGAAGCAGUGUGUGUGUACUCGAAAGUUGCGACCAACCAUCCCGGAGUUUUGGCGCACUGACCAGGUUUUUUUGCUUCUUAGCACUUUUCGGUAUAAGAGUAUGCGAUGA